ACACUGACUUGCACAACCUUCGCCGGUCGGGCUCAGGGAAAGUUCACCGAAAAUUUAUCGCCUGUCUAGCGGCCUGUGAACGCUUAUUCUCUAUCUACAACGCAUUUAAAAAUGGAGCUUGCCCGAAAGUGCCCAUUUCUAGCUCGAAUGCCGUCGACUUUUAUCCGCAAAGCUCGCGAGUCUGUUUUGCUAUCGUAUGCGGAAACCUGCCCAGUGAUGUCUAAAGUUCUCGACUCGAAUAUGACUCCUAAUGUUCCCAAGAUGAACUUAGACAUGCAAACUACUGGCGCUACAUCGGCGACUGCAAGACAGGACUUUGGGGAAUGCCCAUUCAUGAAAAACAUUGGGACCAACCAGCUUCCCAGCAAGCAUCAGGUUCACCAAAAACUCCCUGAACAUGACCAGCAGAUCAAGGGUGAUGCUGAUGUGAUCAUGGUUGAUGCCCUCAACAAUGUCAAGUCAAUCAGUCUUGGGCUUAACACCCAUGGCAAGAUGGGGUUCUUUGCGGCUCAGCAUCACAUGUCUGGUGGCAGACAUGUGAUGUCAGUACGACCCAUGACCACCCAGGCCUCAGUUGUAGAAAAGAAAAUGCAUCAAGCCCACUUUGAGUAUGAGAAGUUUUUUGAGGGUGAGAUACAGAAGAAGAAAGCAGAUGACACAUAUCGUGUCUUCAAAAAGGUAAACCGUCUGGCCCAAGCAUUCCCCCAUGCGCAGGAGUUCAGUGGUGCCGCAAAUAAGGACAUCUCUGUGUGGUGCAGCAAUGAUUACUUGGGCAUGAGUCGGCACCCCGAGGUCCUCAAGGUGGCAAGAGAGACAAUUGAUGUCCAUGGUGUUGGGGCUGGUGGUACUCGCAAUAUCUCUGGCACAAGUAGCUACCAUGAGCAGCUUGAGAAAGUGCUAGCUCAACUCCACCAGAAGGAAGCAGCACUUCUAUUUACCUCGUGCUAUGUUGCCAAUGACACCACCCUCUACACCUUGGGCAAGCACUUGCCAGGCUGUCUCAUCUUCUCCGAUGCCGGUAACCACGCAUCCAUGAUCCAGGGGAUCCGCAACAGUGGGGCCAAGAAGUUCAUCUUCCGCCAUAACGACCCUGAGCACCUGGGAAAGCUUCUAGCCGCUGCAGACCCUGCUGCUCCAAAGAUUGUGGCAUUUGAGACGGUGCAUUCCAUGACGGGAGAUAUCUCACCAAUCAAGCAGCUAUGUGAUGUUGCGCAUAAGUAUGGAGCACUGACCUUUGUAGAUGAGGUUCACGCUGUAGGACUGUAUGGCCAUCAUGGUGGCGGUGUGGGUGAGCGUGACGGCCUUCUCGCUGACAUGGAUAUCAUCAGUGGUACCCUUGGCAAAGCAUUUGGGGUGAUAGGCGGGUACAUCGCUGGCACUGCCUCGCUUAUUGACACCAUUCGUAGCUAUGGCGCAGGUUUCAUUUUCACCACCGCGCUUCCUCCCAUUACCGUCAAGUCUGCUAUCAAGUCCAUUGAGAUCUUGUCCGGCGACGAAGGGAGAGAUCUCAGGCGGGUCCACCAGUCUGUUGUCGCUAGACUGCGCAAUAAGCUGGUGCAGCGCGGGCUACCUGUGGUGUACGCUCCCUCGCAUAUCAUCCCUAUCCAUGUGGGAGACGCAGGGAAGUGCACACAGGUAUCCAAUGACCUGAUGUCAAAGCACAACAUCUACGCGCAGGCCAUCAACUACCCUACAGUAGCGAAGGGCGAGGAGCGUCUCCGCAUCGCGCCAACCCCCAUGCACACGGAGCCCAUGAUGGAGCACUUUGCAGACGUCUUGACGCAAGUCUGGCUUGACAACGGGUUGGAGCUGCUCAACCAGACGUGCAGUAACUCGUGCGACUGCCAGGAACGAUGCCUCAAGAUAGACGAGCUAGUGUGUAACAAGUACGCCACUCCCGUACAGGCCUAGAACCACACCCAUGGAGCUUGUGUGAUACUGUAAAAAUAUUUAACUUCCAUCAUUCAUACCACCUAGUUAGGUUUUUUUGUUACAGCACACGAUUUCUUUAUCGAAUUCUUUUAUAUCUUUCGAACACUUUUAUUUUCAUUCUCGGAAACCCAAGUUAUUCUGUCUUAUCGCUAAGGAUGUCAGGGACAUGUGACUGGUUUUAUUAGUUGUACUGGUUAUACCUCAUGGCUUUCACCGGUAUGACUGGUUUGACCUGUUUCCUUUCCCUGUAACCCAUUCACUGCAGGUUUGGUUUGUUUUCUGGUACGUGGGGUAGAAGGAUUUCAUUUGAUUUGAGUUUUUCAAAGGAACACACGAGCGUACUUGACAUGUGACUAGAUGCAGACUGAUGCGGCUUGCCAUGGGUCACAGGACUUUCUUGGGGUACCUGUGGUGAAUAAAUCGGUCUUUGUCUCUGCACAGUUAGUGGGUUACCUGUGGUAUCACACAAGCUCCAAUGAUAAGUGAAAUGACAUAAAUGAUCUCGGAUUCUAACAUAACCCAUUCAUUAAAUUGUAAUUGAAAUAAGAUCAAUCUUAUUGAAAAUUAAAUUAUAAAAGCAA